AAGAACCUCGUAUCAUAAACCCUGCCCUUAAACCUCUCGACUCUGAUAGAGUCACCGCAGCAACAAUGGUGAAGGCCUACCUCCGAUACGAGCCGGCGGUGUCGUUUGGGGUGAUAGCGUCGGUGGAUUCCAACAUUUCAUACGACAGCUCCGGCAAACACCUCCUCUCUCCGGCACUCGAGAAAAUUGGCGUCUGGCACGUGCGGCAGGGCCUCUGCACCAAAACCCUAACUCCUUCCUCUUCGUCGCGCGGUCCUUCUCCCUCCGUCACCUCCAUUGCCUCCUCCCCUUCCUCCCUGAUUGCUGGUGGUUACGGUGAUGGUAGCAUAAGGAUUUGGGACUCCGAUAAAGGAACGUGCGAGACUACGUUGAAUGGACACAAGGGAGCUGUCACUACUCUUCGUUACAACAAGGCUGGCUCCUUGCUCGCCUCUGGUAGCAAGGAUAAUGAUGUCAUUUUGUGGGAUGUGGUUGGCGAGACUGGGCUCUUUCGCCUUCGCGGCCACCGCGAUCAGGUGACUGAUGUUGUUUUCAUGAGUUCUGGGAAAAAGCUUGUUAGUUCCUCCAAAGACAAGUUCUUGAGAGUGUGGGAUAUUGAUACCCAGCACUGUAUGCAAAUUGUUGGUGGCCAUCAUAGUGAAAUAUGGUCCCUAGAUGUUGAUCUGGAUGAAAGAUAUCUGGUCACUGGUUCUGCGGAUAAUGAACUUCGUUUUUAUGCCAUCAAGCAUGAGUCUGUGGAUGGGGAGUCUGUAAAUGGCGGUGAAGAAUCUUCUGUUCAAAACAAAUGGGAAGUGUUGAGGCAUUUUGGUGAAAUUCAGCGGCAAAGUAAGGAUAGAGUUGCAACGGUCCAGUUCAACAAGUCUGGAAGUCUGCUAGCUUGCCAAGUUGCUGGAAAGACGGUAGAAAUAUACCGCAUAUUGGAUGAUGCUGAAGCAAAGCGCAAAGCAAAACGAAGGGUUCACCGUAAGAAAGAGAAGAAACAUAGUAAAGAAGCUUUGGAAGGAAUAGAAAAUGGAGACAGGAAUAAUGAGAACAAAGGAGACGAUUCUUCUGUCACUCAUGGGCCCAUGGAAACAAGUAACCCCACAGUUACUGUGGCUGAUGUUUUUAAGCUGUUGCAUACUAUCAGAGCUGGCAAAAAGAUAUGCUCUAUUUCUUUCUGUCCAGUCACUCCGAAGAAUUCACUGGCUAGUUUAGCGUUGUCCCUGAACAAUAAUCUACUUGAGUUUUACUCCAUUGAACAAGGGGAAACCAAGAAAACACUUGCUAUUGAUCUCCAAGGGCACCGUUCUGAUGUUAGAAGUGUCACGCUUAGUUCAGACAACACUUUUCUGAUGUCAACCAGUCACAAUGCUAUAAAGAUUUGGAACCCAAGUACUGGCUCUUGCCUAAGGACCAUUGAUUCUGGGUAUGGACUGUGCAGUUUAAUUCUUCCCACCAACAAGUAUGGACUUGUUGGAACUAAAGAUGGAACCAUAGAAAUUAUUGACAUUGGAAGUGGUACUUGUGUUGAAGUAAUGGAAGCUCAUGGUGGUUCCGUUCGCUCAAUUGCUGCCCUUCCACAUAAAAAUGGUUUUGUCACAGGAAGUGCAGAUCAUGAUGUGAAGUUUUGGGAGUACCAAAUUAAGCAAAAACCCGGUCAAGCUGCUAAGCAACUCACAGUGUCAAAUGUCAGUACCAUGAAAAUGAAUGAUGAUGCUCUUGUGGUUGCAAUUAGCCCUGAUGCUAAAUAUAUUGCUGUUGCUCUCUUGGAUAGUACUGUGAAGGUUCACUUUGCAGACACAUUCAAAUUCUUCCUUUCAUUAUAUGGCCACAAGCUGCCUGUUCUGUGUAUGGAUAUCUCAUCAGAUGGAGAUUUAAUUGUAACCGGCUCUGCAGAUAAAAAUAUAAAGAUCUGGGGUUUGGACUUUGGUGACUGUCAUAAAUCCAUCUUUGCGCAUGCUGACAGUGUUAUGGCAGUGCAAUUUGUUCCCAAGACACAUUAUGUGUUCAGUGUUGGGAAAGAUCGCCUAGUAAAAUAUUGGGAUGCCGAUAAAUUUGAGCUGCUCUUGACACUUGAAGGACAUCAUGCUGAUAUUUGGUGUCUUGCAGUCAGUAAUCGUGGUGAUUUUAUUGUCACUGGAUCUCAUGAUCGUUCUAUCCGCCUCUGGGAUCGCACUGAAGAGCAGUUUUUCAUUGAGGAAGAAAAGGAGAAAAGGUUGGAGGAAAUGUUUGAGGCUGAUAUUGACAAUGCAUUUGAAAACAAGUAUGUGUCAAAGGAAGAAAUACCAGAAGAGGGAGCUGUGGCUUUAGCUGGGAAACAAACCCAGGAAACCCUUUCUGCAACUGACUUAAUUAUUGAGAGAUUAGACAUUGCAGAAGCUGAAGAAAAGCGUAUUGCAGAACAUCAGGAGGAGAAAAAUAACAGAAAUGUUGCUGUUUUCCAAGCAAAUCCGCUUAUGAAUGGGCUUUCACCUUCUGACUAUGUUCUAAGUGCAUUUUCAGAUGUUCACUCCAAUGAUUUGGAGCAAACAUUAUUGGCUUUACCAUUUUCAGAUGCUUUGAAGCUUCUGUCGUACUUGAAAGACUGGACUUCAUACUCUGAUAAGGUUGAGCUUGUUUGCAGAAUAGGUACGCUGCUGUUGCAGACACAUUACAACCAGCUUCUUACCACGCCAGCUGCCCGACCUAUCUUGACUGUUUUCAGUGACAUUUUUCAUGAAAGGGUCAAGGGAUGGAAAGACAUCUUUGGUUUUAACCUUGCCGCCAUGGAUCAUAUUCAGCAAAUGAUGGCUUCAAGAUCAGAUGCUCUUUUUCAUGAUGCAAGAUCAAAACUGCUAGAGAUACGUGCUCGACAAUCCAAACGUUUAGAAGAAAGGUCUGAUACUGGGGAAGUGAAACGGAAGAAGAAGAAGACAUAAAGUAUCGUGUAUAUUUGGACGUGGUUAUGAACUAGAUUAUGUUAAUGACAUGAGUAUUCAAUCACGGUGGAGAAAUUUGCCUCGACUGGAAGUGAUUGAUGAAGCAACUGCAGAAUCAGAGCAAAGUUGUCAUAAUAUCACCUUCAACGAAUAGAAAAUGACGAGUAGAGUUUGGAUCACCAGAAAAGGCUUUAUGACCUUGUCAACGCGAUUCCUUUUACCAGAUAAUUUUGCUGUUUUAAUCUGCGGCUUAUUAUAUCUUUUGAUGUCAAGAUGACAUCAUUUGAAAAGUGAGCUUUUUCACAGUAUACGAUUUUACUGAUGUGGGUAGAUCAGAAAAGGUCCUUACUUUUUUAUGUUGUAAUCUGUGUAACAUUAGAAAUUUUACAUAAGUUUAAUACAUUAUACAACUUUCUCUCAUAAUUUAUUCACCUUGUCGGUGAGUAAAAUUCUCCCCAUGUAAUGUUAGUGCAUGCUCGUAUUUCAAGUUUUCU